ACACGAGCAUCUCACACGGUCUAUGGGCUAACAGCCUGAAAGCUGAUGACUAUCAAGGUUUUGUAUUGGUGGUUAUGUUCACUAAUGAUGGGAAUCUGAAGGUGAUUAUGAGCAGGGUUUCACUUGUCAUUUUGGCUGCUGAAACUGCAGACCAGCGGUAGGGUGACUAUCGCUGAUAAUCACAGAGAAAACGGACAAAUUUGAAUUGAACCAUCGCUGUUUGGGUGGUCAAACUGCCAAUAUUGUGUGAUUAUCAUUGGAUAUUAUGCGGCGAUCGAUAAUCGUGAUAUUCUUGACGAUAAUUGUGGCUGUUUCGCAAUAUCAUUAAUCGCGGUUUUGGUGUGUAAACCGCUCGAUAUGUAGUGACUAUUACAAUAUAUCACCACGAAUUUUUUUUGGAUUUAUUCUCCUUUUAUUUUCAAAAUUUUGAAUUCUCACGAUAUUUCCCAAACAGAAUCGCGGCAAACCGAUAUCGCACCCUGGUGGCUUGACCGAUAGUCACAAUUAUUGUAACGAUAAUAGUGAUAAGUGAAUUCCUGAUUAUGAGUCACUUGUUCUUAUACAGCCUCCCGAAGGUGGCUAAAGAGCUAUGCAUCUGGGCGGGGAAAGGGUCUGUUUAUGGUAUUUGAAUGGAUAUUUGGAUAACACUAUCUGCUUUUCUUGAACAAGCUAAAGGAAAUUCAUGAUAACUUCAUAGAAAAACUACACUGGAUUAUUUUGGGUGCCUUUUAGUUGAUAUUUGAUGAGCUUUGAGUGUGCAUGCGCUUGAUGAGGCACUCCUAUUUCAUCAGGAUGUCUAGGAUGUAAACAUUUAAUAACACUAAGUUCCAUUAUUUCUUAUCUUUGUUCAUCCAAAUUUUAUUUUCUGCCUGUAAUUGUGGCAGAGCAUGUGAUUCAAAGCCACCAUAGCAGAUCCAAGAACUAUUUGAUGCAUAGCCAAUUUUUUUAGCAUGAAAUGUGCAUGGCAUGAGGCAGGAUGAAUACAUGUGCUGUGAUGAGCAUGCUGAUAGUUGUGCUUGCCAUUCUAUACGCUAUCCAGCAAUUUAACAGCCUGCUGCACAAUAUUCACCUAGUAAAAGGCGAUGCCAUUAUUUUAUAUUUCUGUUGCACCUAUGGAAUAGACAAUAAUGUGGUAACUAUGAUAUCAACAGCAACUGAUGGUAACUUAAAAUCAGAUUAUUAAAUAAAGAUGAUUUCUUAAAGUUCUUUGAAACAAUUUGCAACAGAAAAAAAUGUAUACCAUGAAACAAGUGCAUUCAGAACAAGGACAAAUGUAUUGAAGUUGUGAAUUUAACUAGAGAUUUCAAAGAAAGUAGAGAAAAGGUGAGGCGGAAUAAGCUGACUUAUUGGUGUACUAAAUUCUUAUCCUUGUGAUAUUGAAUAUUCAUAUUUUUUAAAUGAGAAGAAUCGCUAAUGCUGGCAUGCUUUAUCAUGAUUGGAAAUUUUGGCGACUGUUUACAGCUCUGCUAGACCGUGGGUGGAGGAGAUCUGGUUGUUUUCUUUACAAACCUGAGAUGGAACGGACAUGCUGUCCCCAAUAUACAAUACGCUUGAAGGCAAGUGAUUUCAUUUGUUCAAAGGAGCAAGGUCGUGUAAUCAAAAAGAUGCAAAGGUUCCUUGAUGGAGAGCUGGAUCCACAGAUUGGAAGUCCAGAGAACAAAAUUAGCCCUACAAAACGUUCACUUGCUGAACCUAUUAAUUCGCCAACCUCAAAAAUAUCCAAGACAUCAACAAAUGAAUUUCAAGUAGCCAAAUGUCCAAGUUUAUUUGAGGAUGAGUUCAUUUGUUGCCUGUCAGGCAAAAUUAAUGAGGCAGUGGAUGUGUGCUUCCAAGGUGGUACAUUAGGUUCUGAUGUUCAACUCCCUAAAGCUGUUGUAAAGACUGUUAGACCACAAAUAAAAAAGAAUAUAGGAGUAUCACAAGAAAAGGAAGUAGGAGAACCAGUACAAGAUUUAUUGUACACAUGUAACAUAAGCUUCCAAAUAGUGGCAGCAAUCAGGCGCGCAUUGCCUAAGGAGAAGGACACUUAUCAUAGUGAAGUAUUAGCAGAUAUGUCUCCAAACUCUAUUGCAGAAAAGCUGGCCAUGACAAUGGAGCAGCAUGGAUCUAUAGCUGGUUUAUCAGUAAAAGCCUGCAAUGGCCAUCUGAACUUCUAUUCAGUCACCAAUCAGACAGUGCAGAACAAAACCAAUACCGUUGUGUCUGCGCAUGCUACAGAUAUGUCUAGUAGCUCAAAAGAAAGCUCUGUGAACAAGAAAAAUGUAAGACUUCCCCAAAAAAGAAGAAAGCUUGAAAUUAAAAUGAGAAGGUCACAUUUUGAUCCUGAGGAAUUUGCUUUGUAUCAAAGAUAUCAGACAAAAGUGCAUAAUGAGAAGACAGUUUUAGAAAGUUCAUACAAGAGAUUUCUAGUGGAUACACCAAUCGUUUUUGUUCCCCCACGGAGUAGUGAUAAUUCAGUUCCACCAUGUGGGUUUGGUUCAUUUCACCAGCAGUAUAGAAUAGAUGGAAAACUAGUGGCAGUUGGUGUGGUUGAUAUCCUUCCUAAGUGCUUGUCAAGCAAGUAUUUGUUCUGGGAUCCUGACUUUGCUUUCCUAUCUCUUGGAAAGUAUACAGCUCUGAAGGAGAUAGAUUGGGUCAAGACAACACAGGAAUGCUGCCCCAACCUUCAAUAUUACUAUCUUGGUUAUUAUAUACAUUCCUGCAAUAAGAUGAGAUACAAAGCUGCGUAUCGACCAUCAGAACUUCUCUGUCCAGUUCGUUACAAGUGGGUGUGCUAUGACAUUGCGAAACGAUUACUAGAUAGGAGCCUGUAUUCUUCCCUAUCUGAUUUUGCCCAAAUACAAGAUGAGAUGCUUCAGUCACAGAUUUCUGGUCCUGACAAUGAAUUAUCAAAAAAUGACCACUGUGAGUCUCCCAUUAAUGAGGAUGAUGAUUUGUCCUAUGAUGAUUCGGGCAUGAUGGUUGAUGAAGAGAUGGUUCAAUCAGAAUCCAACACUGAUAUAAUGGAGGAUUGUUCCAGCACAAGUGAGAUUGAAAAUAUCAUGUUGGAUCUGAAUGGUUCUCGAGUUAAAUAUAAGGAUCUUCAGGGAGUCAUUGGGCAAAUCGAAAGGAAACACCUCGAUCAGCUAGAAAGGCAAUUGAGCAGAUAUGCGAAGGUUGUAGGAAAGGAGCUAUCUGAUCGCAUGGUUUAUUCUCUGUAGCUGACCUUCAAUUCUCCCAGGGAGCAAUGCAACUAUUUAGAGUCAAUAACAUGUUUAUGCUCAUCAACUUGCUGUCGAAAUCUGGUGGGCUCAGUUUGGGGGUUGGCAUGACACAUUUUUCUGGCCGAUUCGUUGUCUGUCACUGAAGUCCGUAUUCCGUAAUUUGUUGGCCGAAGAGUAUAGCACAAGUCGUUUUGGUUUCCACACACGAUUCGACAUUUAAGAAUGUCACACCUUGCUCCUGAAAAACUUGGGCAUUGAAACGAGAAGAAUAUGUGAUUGACACAGUUGUCUUA